AUGUCGCGGUCAUCAAUGUCUCCAGCAGAGGAGAAUACUACCACCAGCAAUCCUACUACCAGUACUCGAGGCCGAAGAAGAUCGCAUCACGCCUGUUUGACUUGCAGACGCAAAAAGACUCGUUGCCCUGGCGAGAAACCACAAUGCUCAAGCUGUGUUCGCCUCAAACAGUCUUGCUCUUAUCCCCCAGCUAUUAGGCCCUCUCAGAGCGGUCCUUCGGAGGAGAGAUUGGCGCAUUUGGAAGAGAAGCUUGACUUUUUACUCAACGGUAAUUUGUCCACACAAAAGCAACAACAACAAAACAACCAGACCCAACGUCAACAAUCACAACUCGAAUCCCCUCAAGAAACAACAGAUACUUCUGAAAAGUCAUACUCUGGCCUUCAAAACACGCGCGAACCAAGUUAUCCCACGAGUCAUCCCUCGGUCAAGUCCGAAUCCGAAAACUCAUCGCUGCGACCUAGCGUAUCCGACAUCGCAGUUGGAGUUGCACUCUACUUCGAGUACUGCCACCGACAGCCAAUAUGGUGCUUUGAGAGAGACGAGGUCAGCGACUUUGCCUCGAUGCAUGAUGAGCUCGCCUGCAGUAUUCUUGCUCUAACUUUGCGCUUUUCCGAUAAUGCCGAUCAGGCAAAGUUGUAUGCCAACAAUGCAAAGAGUCUUAUUAUGCUGCGCAUCGCAAAUGGCAGUGUAGAUCUUGCCACGCUUGAGAGUCUUUGUUUGCUUUCUUACUCGUCAUUUAUUGAUGGAAAUGUGCAUCUGGGUCAAUUCCAUCUCGGUCUUGCUCAUCAAUUAUGUCGCUCCGCCAUGCUGGACGUCGAGUCCUUCUAUGCCGUUGGAGACCCCAUGACAGAGCGCAAGAAGCGACUGUUUUGGAGUUUACAAAUGCUUGAGCAAUCUUAUGGUCGUCAAGAAGGUCUUUUGAGUGUCCCGACAGAGAUCUGGCGACCAGCUUACUCUACAACAAGAGGUCCUCAGCCAGAGCACGAUCCUCGAGCUCCCACUCUGCCUCGAGAUGACCUUGGCUGCCACCAUCAGAAUGAACCCGGUAUCUGGAAUACCAGUGUUCAUCUCGGUUGGGUUUGGAGUCAAGUCCGAAAAUAUGUUUCUGAUUGUGCCCACAACAACAUCAAAGAGCCAUGGCGACAUGACUCAAUGUAUGCAAAGGUUCUUGCCGACUUUAUGGAGACGGAGAACAGGAUACCCAUGUGCCAUCGCUACGACACUGUCAAGUUUUAUGAGCGCAAAGUUGAAGACUUGAAGAUGCAUCGCGAUUACUGGGCCCCUUGGCUCAAGGAGCAAUUCACAUACCACGUCAUUCCCACCGUCCUUAACCAUCCUUUCCUCUACAUUGUCGGAGCCCAGCACAACCCCAACCUCGCCAUCCCCAACACCUUUUGGAGACGAUCUUCCGAACUCGCACUUUUGCAUUCUACUUGGAUCGUUCGAAUGAUCGACAUGGUAGUUGACAAGCAAGUGCCCCUCGCAGAUCCUUUCUUCGGGCAUGUGGCUGCUAUCGCGGCCACGGUGCACCUGUACUACUGUUGCGCCGCUGCGGCCAGGUUAAAGCACAAGUCCAAUGCCGAUUUUGCCAAGUGUAGGCGGUUCCUCAAGAACUUUUUGCCUACUUCAGCUGCUUGCAGAGCAUUGGACCGCAACCUUGACAAGAUGACGCGUAUUGCCGCUGGCACAUCUGACAGCAUGGAGGUGGACGACUGGAUGCCCUCCAAGAUCUAUCUUAGCGUUCCCCUCAUGUGGAAGAUCCUCCAGUUCAACACAGUGGCCGACUCUCAAGAGCUUCCCACGGCUGGUCUCCUCAACCAAUCGUUGGUGCCCAACUCAAUGCAUGAAGGGGACAAUGAGAACGUCACUUUGGAGAUUAUUGUCGCUAGCGCCCCGGAGAUAUCCAUCAACACAGCUGAUGGUGGCCAAGAGGCUCCUACACUGUCCUACAAAGCCCCUCUAUCUUCGUCGCAGGGCCCAGACUCGGCGCGCGACACAGUCUACGACGAAGUUCCCGUCGAUGACAGCCUAACGCUGUGCACAACACCUUGGCUCUAUGCCGACUCUUCACAAUUCGUGAACAUCGCUGAUAUGGGCUGCGACGACCCGCAACCUCCCAUGAGCGAGAGUAACCGCGGGCCCGCUUGGUGGGAGGGUGAAAAUUUUAGUAAUAUCAUGUUUAAUCACUUUUAG